AUGCCUACUGAAGCGCAAAUUGCCGGCGGUCACAAGGCCAACUUGAACAAUCCUAACACCAGCCAGGAUUCUAAGGAACAUUCCAAGCAAGUUCUCGACAAUGAGUUUAAUGGUGGGGACGUGCCGAAGUCUGGGAAUGGCGGUGAUGACGGUGACAAGAACCCUGGGAAUGUCGCCGGUGGUUUAAAGGCAGCAAUCAAUAAUCCAAAGGUUUCCGAAGAUGCUAAGCAAAGCGCAAAGGAACGCCUCAAUGAUAUGCAAGGGGCAUAA